AUGUACGAGCUCUUCCUGACGGCGUUCGUCAACGACGUCGACUUCGACAACGCGAGGUCCAUCCUGAGCUCGUACUGCUGGAGCGACCCAAACCCCCGCCUGUGGCGCGUCCUCCACUUCACCGGCCCGCCACAGCCAAAGCCCCUGGCCAAGAGGAACAACAUCAACGGCAUCCGCCCCGCCCCAGACCCCUUCAUGUUCGGCCUGCCCGGCCCAGACCUGCCCGUGGCCCCCGCCCAGACCGGCGCCCCCUACGUCGACCCGGCCUGGAAGGACUUCAGCGACAUCGUCAAGAAGCAGUCCUACAUCGUCACCGCCCGCUACCACGUCUCCAGGGCCGCCGACCUUGCCGGGCCCGGCGCGCCACAGCAGCAACAGCCAAAGCCCCUGCCCGCCACGCCCGGCGCCCUCUUCUGGUCCGAGAUCCCGGACCCGGCCAGCGUCGCCGGCGGCCAGUCCCUCGUCAUGCAGCGCAAGAAGAUCGAGAUCUGGGACCAGCUCAACCUGCCCGUCGUCCUGGCCGACAACGACUUCCGCUACCGCUCCCAGCUCGUCGAGGAGUCGCACGACGUCUACCACCGCGACGACCCCCUGCUCGAGUUCAGCCUGGUCCGCCACCACACCCCGCCCGCCUCCUCCUCCGCCAAGCCCUCGGACCCCCUGCCGGCCUUUGAGUCCCUCGAGAGGGUCGACCCGGCCGGCAAGUGGACCCUCUGGGUCAAGUACCACGUGCGUGACGACGGCGCCCCGGAGAAGAUCAAGGCCGCGCGUGACGCCCUGCUCAAGGUGCGCGAUGAGCUCGCGCCGUGUGGCUUUGACUUCAAGGUGCUGGAUCGCAAGGUCUACGACACCCAGCUUGUGCUGCAGCGUAAGACGCCUGCCACGCAGACUCUGGGCCUGAAGCAGAGCUUGGGUCCUGGGCACCGGUAG